UUCCUAUUCAUGCAAAGGGGUCUAUUAAGAAAAAGAAACUGUACAUUUUUCGUCACUUUCUGGGGAAAAUGUCAGGAUUUUCCCGGUGAAAUAUUUUCCUACUUUUUAAUAAUUGCCAGGCUUUCCUUCUUCUCUCUUUCGAUUUCGUCGCCUUUUCCAUUUCAUCCCAUUGCUGUUUGAAACCGUGCGUCGAGGAUGGGCGUUGACUUUUCGCGGAAAUGGCGAUUCACGUCCACUACGACCUGCAAGAUUUGAACUUCAGGGGAUAGUUUUGCGAAUUUAUCCAAAUCAGGGAUUUGGAUCAAAUGGGUUUUUGAUAAAUUUCAGAAAUUGGAAGGGUUUCUGGUUGAAUUUGGAUUCUUUUGGGGUGCGAUUUUGUUGGGUCGGGCUGUGAAUUUGUUGAUGGAUACGGAUGCUAAGGAUGCUAGUACUGCUAAUGGGUGUAAAACUGAGACGACGUCGGAUACCGGAGACUCUCAGAAAGUUGAGGAAAAUGUUAAUGGAGAUGAAGACAGUGAGUCUAAUUCUUUGUUGCCUCCUCGGAGAGGGGGCAUGUCGAGGAAAACGAAUAAGACUCGGCGAAAAGUGCAGUGGAAUGAUAGGAAUGGGAAUAAGCUUGUUGAGGUCCUGGAAUUCGAACCGAGAUGUGCGUGACUAAACGCUUGAAUGUGCUCUUGACGUCAAGUUCUUUUGACUUUAUCGUGAUAUAUUUACUUUUUUUCUUUUGCCCUAAAUGAUCGUAAAGUUGAUUAAUCGUUACUCCACAACUUUUUGGCCUGUUAUGGAACUGCUGAGAAUGGAUACCUUCAUGUCUCUGGUCUGUUAUGAACAUGGUAACCUUCAUUUUCGUGCUAUCGAUACUGAAAUAUCCUUUUAUCUAGCGCUCAAUUGUCUGCAUAAACAUAAUGGCUCUCUGCAAUUCACAUAGGAAGUAGCUUCUCACCGGUGUCUUAGUACGUGAGUGUGUGCGCGUGCACGUCUGCACUCAAGGAAUUGGAAAACAAAUUAUCACAAAGUGUUGUUUUAGCACAUCUUUUAUUGAUUGCUCAAAUGAAAAUAUAUACACUCUGCUUUGCUACAUUUUGCUAGAUUGAAGUAAGAAAUCUCUCAUGGCGUACCUAUGUGCUUGUAAUCCGGUUAAAGUUGGAAAACAAAAUUACUAAUGGAGUAGUAACUAUUUAUGAUGGUAUUUGCACCCGUAUGAAAUUACUGUUACAUUUAUUUUCGACUUACUAGUUUCUGACCCUGUCUCAUUGUUCG